AUGCUCGGUUGUUUGACGAUGUGCAUCCUGAUUCAACCGGUCUACACCCUGGGCUGUCUAGUGCUGCUCUCGAUCCUCUCCUUCAGUCUCCACUACCGCCAACUGCGGGUCUCUUGGGGCAACAUUGGACAGGCCCUCAUCUUCCACCAGGUUCGCAAAUACCUUCUUCUCCUCGACACGAACAAAGAACAUGUGAAGUACUGGCGGCCGCAAAUCCUCCUCCUCGUAGCCAAUCCCCGCUCGGCGGCUUCACUCGUCCAGUUCAUGAACAGCGUGAAAAAAGGCGGUCUCUACGUGCUGGGUCACGUGAUAACCUCCUCCGCCUCCUCCUCUCCCUCCGCCAGCGGUGAAGAUGUGGACUGCCUCGAGCCGGACCCCUGCACGCUCGCUCAGACGUAA